GCCCUGCCACCUGCGCAGGUUAACCAUAGUACCACUCAAAAUGGAUACACAUUUCCAUUUGUUCAUUGCUUUAAUCUGCAUUGUGGUAGCCUGCGUUGGAGGCCAAGCUCCAUCCAACUCCCCACCCUCCUCUCCUACUCCUACUCCUCCCACACCAACCUCCACUCCCGCUCCUCCCACUCCGCAGGGACAGGGCUCUCCCCCACCGGUUCAAUCUUCUCCUCCACAGGCUCAGUCUUCUCCUCCUCCGCUUCAGUCUUCUCCUCCUCCGGUUCAGUCUUCACCACCACCCGCAUCCUCUCCUCCACCGGCCACACCUCCGCCAGUCAACUCCCCACCACCUGCCUCCCCUCCGCCGGCCACUCCACCUCCUGCAUCUCCUCCUCCAUUUUCCCCACCCCCCGCAACCCCUCCUCCGGCGACUCCACCACCCGCAACACCUCCACCUGCAGUUCCUCCGCCGGCACUCACACCAACACCGCUCUCAUCUCCUCCGGCAACUUCUCCGGCUCCGGCUCCUGCCAAGCUGAAGAGUAAAGCCCCAGCACUGGCACCCAUCUCGCCGUCGGAAGCUCCCGGUCCCAGCUUGUCCUCCAUCUCUCCCGCUGGCACCGAUGAUAGUGGGGUAGAGAAGUUAUGGUCCUUGCACAAGAUGAUUGGCAGCUUAGUAUUCGGAUGUGCUUUCCUGUCCUUGAUGUUCUAGAGAUCUGGAUCUUUGGAUUCGGUCGCUGUUAUUUUGCUAUUUGCCACUAUAUAUUAUUUUGUGGAUGUUAUAUGGGAGUUUAAUAAUGUAUUUGGACUAUAUACAUUGCUUGCAUUCUUGGGAUAUUUGAGGGGAGGUUUUCUAUUUGAGGACACUUAUUUUGUA